CUUAUAUGAAGCUAAUAUUCGGUGCCGUCAGCGGGUUGGUCUCAGCAACUACGACUCCCAUGAUUCCGUUCGGAGAGGCGUCAUUGAAGUUCUGUCCAAUCACCGCUUUUGGAGGUAAGAAUAAUACGGAAAAACAGAGGUUACUGACUUGCAUUACUUAGGUUGUUCCUUUGACUGCUUUUUCACUGAAAUUGUGGUAAAUAUGCUAAUAGACUGUGGACAUUUUAUUUGAUUUUGGGCGUCUAUAACUGUAACUGAGGUGGUAACCGCGGUAAACAAUUCAAACUGAGACUUUGAGAACUUGUUUACACUAAUGGAGGCGACUCCUAAGUCAUGUAAAGUCAAACCAGGUUGUUCUCUGUCUUCACCCUCCGAGUCACUGGAGUCCAGUCCAUGUAACAACACAGAACAGAAGUCUCUUCCAAAGUCUCAUCAGAAGCUGAGUUCCUCCCUGAAGGAGAGGCUGAAGAGAUCAAGGCGCUCCUUCACCUCACCCUGCUCCGUGGCCAAACGUCUCUGUGUUGAUAACUCAGAGGAGAAAUGCGUACAAGUGCCAGCAGAUUCCCCAGAGAACCAUAAAAAAUUCCCUCUGCUUGUGCCUAAUGUUGACGUUAACCAAAAUGACACGAGAUCAGGGAGCGAAAGGUUUUCUGGACCUGUUCCUGCAUCAGCCUGUCUCUCCAGAAAGGACGUAAAUCAACAGCUCGACAGACUCAGGACGGAGGUGAAAGAAAAGACAGAAACCCUGAGGAGACUCAAGAUGGUUAAAAUGUAUCGAAGCAAGAAUGAUUUAACAGAGCUUCAAGUCUUGAUCGACAAGUGGAGGAGCUGUGCUCAGGCCGCGCUGUAUGAGCUACAGUCAGAUGUGGUCAUAGACGGACAGAAGGCCAGCCUGCCCCAGCUCUUUGACCUUUUCGGACUGGACCAUGACCUUCUGCACUUCGACCGCACAGAGGAAGAUUUUACUACAUAAUAUUACAUU